CCGGGAGAGGGUGCGGCGGGCUGAGUGUGCGCCAGCGCCCCCGGGGUCGUUCGAACCUGCGGCCGCGAGCGCAUCCCUAAACCUGCGGUAAGCCUGGGUGCUCCCGGGCCGCUCCGCCCGCCGCGGUGAAUGCGGCUGGGGCCGGAGCUGUGGCGGGGGAGAAGAUGCCACAAUCCGCGUCUCGGAAGACCGCGGUCCUGGGCUGCCGGUGUCAGGGAGCCCUGGUGGUGCAAACAGUCAAGUGCUCGGCUGCUCCGUGGGAGAAAGACUGGCCAGGAGAAAACAUGGCGACCUGCUUCCGUAAAAAUUACAGCCAAAAAAACCCUGUGCUCAGUUCUGCUGUAUCAUACGGGGUUGCUUGUUUUCAAAUUUAUUAUUAAGAAAUCAUAGCUUGAAAGAGGAAGGCUUUGGACUUAUGCUGGCAUGCUGAACAUUUUGCUUAAUAGUGAAGAUGUUUAAAGAAAGUCUCUGCGGUACAGUGAAUUACUUAAUAUGGCCCUUCUGGCCAUGCAUGGUCUUGUGACUUUCACACAGUGACUGGGUGGGACUAUGAAACUAAGGUGCUUGUGGCCCACCAAGGAGAUUGGACAGCUUGCUGCUAAUGCAAAUACGGUGCAUGGGACCCUUGUGAAGGUGGGACCAUGCAAGUAAGGUAUGUGGAAGUGAAAGAAGGGGAUCUGCCAGUUUUGCCACCCAGUUAGGUUUAAAGUGAGAUACGGGGAGCGAGAGAAAGGACCUGUACUGUAACACGGAAGGCAGCAAGAGACAGUGGCGCAGCAAUAGCAAGAGUGAUAGCGGCACAAGAUGGCAGCAGACCAGCAUGAGACGGCUGCGGUGGGGCUUGCCGACGCACGGAGCUAAGAGCCAUAACACUUGCCUGAGAAGGCUCCGAGUGGGGCCCAGCAGCAGAAGGCCUGGUUGUAGAAGGCAAGAAGAAGCUGUUCUGAUCAAGAAUUGUAUCCUGAGUUGUUCCGGUUACUUCUGAGUCAUUCCCAGUCCCAAGUUGUACCUUGUUACUUCACUAAUAAACCACUUAACUAGCAUCUUGAGGAGAGGGAAAACAAUUAUCUGAACUCUUUCCAUCAUAAAUUUGAAAUGUUGAAUCUAGAGUAGGCACUAAAAAAGAAACCAAACCCAUUGCCGUCAAGUCGAUUCUGACUCACAGCAACUCUAUAGGACAGAGUAGAACAUGAGGGCGGAGUAGGAAACUGAAAAUGGCCUUUCAGUUAUGCUAGGUCUAUAAUGGGAAGUGUCACAAUUCGAUAUUUCUGUUAUGGAUGCCUUUUUACAUCUGUGACCUGGACAGCUCUGCUCUUUGUUUAUUUCAACUUCAGUGAAGUGACUCAGCCACUUAAGAAUGUGCCCAUCAAGGGGUCUGGGCCCCAUGGGCCAUUCCCUAAAAAAUUCUUUCCCCGUUUCACACGAGGUCCAAGUCGAGUAUUAGAGCCACAGUUCAAAGCACACAAGAUGGAUAAUGUGAUAGAUAAUCAUAUUGAAGAUCCAGAAAAAGGCAACGUGAAAUUCUCUCCUGAAUUGGGUAUGAUUUUUAAUGAACGUGAUCAGGAGCUGAGAGACUUGGGCUAUCAGAAACAUGCCUUUAAUAUGCUUAUUAGUAACCGCCUGGGCUACCGUAGAGAUGUGCCAGAUACCAGGAACGCAGCCUGUAAAGAGAAGUCGUACCCAGCUGAUCUCCCAGUGGCUAGUGUUGUCAUCUGUUUCUACAAUGAAGCGUUUUCCGCCCUGCUCCGGACAGUGCAUAGUGUCGUGGAUCGGACCCCAGCACACCUGCUUCAUGAGAUCAUCCUGGUGGAUGACGAUAGUGAUCUGGAUGAUUUGAAAGGAGAGCUAGAUGAGUAUGUCCAAAAAUACCUCCCUGGAAAAACUAAAGUAAUAAGGAAUAAGAAGCGUGAGGGAUUGAUUCGAGGAAGAAUGAUUGGAGCGGCCCACGCGACAGGAGAAGUUCUGGUCUUCCUCGAUAGCCACUGUGAGGUGAAUAAGAUGUGGCUGCAGCCCUUGCUGGCUGCUGUCCGCGAGGACACUCACACCGUGGUUUGCCCCGUGAUCGACAUCAUCAGCGCCGACACACUCGUGUACAGCUCGUCUCCUGUGGUGCGAGGAGGCUUCAACUGGGGGCUGCACUUCAAGUGGGAUCUCGUUCCCCUUGAUGAGCUAGGAGGACCUGAAGGAGCUACUGCACCAAUAAAGUCACCGACAAUGGCUGGAGGAUUGUUUGCCAUGAACAGACGCUAUUUCAAUGAACUAGGGCAGUACGACAGUGGCAUGGAUAUCUGGGGAGGAGAAAAUUUGGAAAUAUCAUUUAGGAUCUGGAUGUGUGGAGGUAAGCUCUUCAUCAUCCCUUGCUCUAGAGUAGGACACAUCUUCCGGAAAAGGCGCCCAUAUGGGUCUCCUGAAGGGCAGGACACCAUGACCCACAACUCCCUGCGGCUGGCCCACGUCUGGCUGGAUGAGUACAAGGAGCAGUAUUUUUCCUUAAGACCUGACCUGAAGACCAGAAGCUACGGGAAUAUUAGCGAGCGUGUUGAAUUGAGGAAGAGGUUGGGUUGUAAAUCGUUUAAAUGGUAUUUGGACAAUAUUUACCCAGAGAUGCAGAUAUCUGGGCCCAAUGCCAAACCACAGCAACCCAUUUUUAUUAAUAGAGGGCCCAAACGUCCCAAAGUCCUCCAACGGGGGAGGCUGUAUCACCCCCAGACCAACAAAUGCCUGGUGGCCCAGGGCCGCCCGAGUCAGAAAGGAGGCCUGGUGGUGCUGAAGGCAUGUGACUACGGUGACCCGAACCAGGUUUGGGUUUAUAAUGAAGAGCACGAAUUGGUUCUAAAUAAUCUCCUUUGCCUGGAUAUGUCAGAAACUCGCUCAUCAGACCCACCACGACUCAUGAAGUGCCAUGGGUCAGGAGGAUCCCAGCAGUGGACCUUUGGGAAGAAUAGUCGGCUGUACCAGGUGUCAGUUGGACAGUGCCUGAAAGUGGUUGAUCCGCUGAGUCAGAAAGGCUAUGUUGCUAUGGCAAUCUGUGAUGGCUCCUCCUCACAACAGUGGCGGUUGGAAGGUUAGGGCGGAGGCCUCUCUGACUGGAAUGAAUGGUGGAUUCAUUCGGCUUUGCUGCCUCUGAAAAAUGUGAUGAUGUUUUAGAAAAAAUGAUGCUGGUACAGGGAAGACUCUCAGCUGACUUCCUGAUUGAGCAGAAGCACCUGGGAGAGGAUGACCAUUUUCUUGUCCUCUGUGGAGACAUCUGGGAAGACGAGCAGAGAUGAGGCAGCAGAUGAACGAGAUCGGAGCGCCGUGUGACACCAGCAGAUGAAGAAGUACCCUCCCCAAGACGCUGAUGCUGUUUCUGAGCUGCCAUUAAGGAUUUCUUGCUUAGAGAGGGAAGCCAGAAUGUAAUUUUAACUCAAAAGACUUGGUUUUGUACAAAAGAACAAAACCCAGGAAAUUGACAUUUCUGUUCAAAUUCAUUUAUGCCCCUUUUUAAUCCCUUUUAGUGAUGGAAUGUUUUUUAGCUCAUCAGGAACUUGUCAUGAUUUUGUUUCUUAGGAGCCUUCAUAGGAGAUAACUGUUUUAUUGUAUUUUGCUUCUGUUAGUAUCAGUUUAGUAUGUUCUAAAUAAUUUUUAAAACUGAAUCUACAUUACUUUUAAUUUCAGAGGCAUCAUUUAUAAGACAGUAUUUAAGAGGAAAUUAACUAUUAUAAAUUAUUUUGAUGAAUGAUGAUACUAUCUACAUUUAAAAUAAAGAAUCCUUUUGAUUA